UUGCAGGCUAACUACCAGAAGGUCACGAGUACUAAUAUUAGGGUAUCACUGCCGAACGUCCUCCAAUAUACCCCUAUUUCUGGAGCAGUUGGAUUAAGAAGAUCGAUAGAAGGAAAAGGAUCACGGUUCCACCUUCUAGUUGCUAAUUGUGAUCGUGUGGCCAUAGAGACCAACAAUGAGGGUCCUAAAACUUUCGAAGGAUCAUGUUCUAAUGAUGGGUCCUCAGCAGCAGAUGAAAAAUCUUCAGGAAAAGAUGACAAAGUUCAACCUACUGAAGAUGUUGAGUUGGCACCUCGAGGUUCUGAGCCUUCCAACGGGUCAAUCGAUUCCACAAAUUUGAACGCUGGAGAAUCUGCAAUCAAGUCAAGCUCGACCCCAAAAAGAACUCCAUUAACAGCAAGAGAGAGACUUAGGGCAGCCCGGGUAUUGAGUCGCUACACAGAGUCGAAGCCAUCUAAACCAGAGCUAGGGAGCAAAUUAUUAGAGGCCUUACGAGAAAGUGAUAAAGGGAAAAGACGCCCUGGCCUCCCAGAAGCACCUUCAAAUAUGCUAGAUGACAGCAAAAGGGGAUUACCAAAGCCGGGCUGGACGUUCGAAUUUCCCGGCGGUGUCGAUGUGUUUCUUGUCAUCUUGUCGUUUGUAUUAAUCAGCACUAUAAUGUUUGCAACAACAUUCAUUGUGUGGAAAGUCGGUGCCAUUCAUUUCAAUGAAUACUAAGGUAAACUUCGAAAUUUUCUACGCAAUUGUACUUGCACGUACAGAAUUUAGCUUGGCCAAACAAGUGAAUAUCUAUAUAAUUUUCUUUUCGAGAUCUUCGGUUUUGUUUAUUUUGUAUUGAUUAACGAACUGAAAUACUAGUUUAUUGUUCUCAAACUUGUUGGAUUAAUGACAUUUAGACAGAUUAUUAUUA